AGACAUACAAAAUUUAAUGAUUUUUUUUUAUUUCUUUCCUUGCAGCCCAAUAAAUCAAAAUUUGUUUGUACCUGGAAAGGCUGCACGACUAGUGAACAUACAAAAGCCAAAAUUGAACGUCACAUACGUAUUGUACAUCUUGGUUAUAGUAAAAAAUUACGUCGUACGGCUGAUCAUCACUUGGAUAGUGACAGUCAUGACAGUGAUAGCCAUGAGGAGGAGUUCUACUACACAGAAGUCGAAGAUGAUGACGAUGACUGCAAAACUCCUAGUCCAACAUCACCACCUACACUUAGCCACCGCGACAUGGCACGUCCGCCCCAUGAAGAUCCAGAAUACCAAAGACAAUUAGUUGGGAAUUUUAAACAAGGACGUGCAGCAGCCCAAUUGCAAAACGGUAAAAAUAAACAACAUCACAGUAGCAGCAGCAGUAACAAUCAUCAAACACACACUAUUUAUGUGGGCAGCAAUCAACAGCAGUUGCAACAAUUGCAAAAUAAUAAUACCAGCUGUAUACCAACAUCGCCAUUAGCCCAUCAUAAUUAUACGUGGCCGCCAGCCAAGGCCAGCACAGUGAUUACCACAUCCAAUACAAACACCUCAAAUAUUAACAGUAAUAACAAUCACCAACACCACCAGCAUCAACAACAUCAUGCUGCUGCCGUUACAAGUAAUUAUCAUAGCAAUAGCCAACAACAGCAGCAGCAACCACAGCCAACGACAACAACCACAACAUUCAUAAAACAUGCUCGGGCCUCACCACGUCCGUCCCAAUCAACAGCGCCAUAUCCAUCACCAACAUACGUCCAUCAACAUCACAACUACAGUAGUCCGGCACCAAACAGUCCCCCCAAUAAUACAGUAACAGCUGCAGGAGCUGCAACAACAAUCCUGCAUCAUAAUAACAGCAGUGCCAAUAGUGUGCUACAACAAUUGUCGCAACAAAAUGUAACAGUGACAACUACAAAUCAUCAUCAUCACCAGCAUCAUCAAACACAACAGCAGCUGCAACAGUUGGCCACUGUUACCAUAACACCAAAUUAUACACACUCAAGAAAUGUCCAACAGCAGGAUAAUACGGCGCACCAACAACAUCAACAACUCCAGCAGCAGCAACAUCGUUUACAUCAAUCGCCAACAACAGCCACUGCCAGCCAUAGAAUGGUUGCCCCAAAUACAAAUCAAUCCAAUUCUAAUACUAGCUCAGUAUCUGCUCUAGCGUCGGCGUCAGCUAUAUCCGGUCCCACAACAGCAGCAGCAACAACAACAAAUGCGGGACAUGUUCAUCAACAACAUGUUGCUGUGCAACAUGCCAACAAACAAACUCCCAACUCACCGAAUCGUCGCACAAGAGGCGAAAAUAAAAAGUGUCGCAAAGUAUACGGCAUGGAUCGUCGCGAAAUGUGGUGCACUCAAUGCAGGUGGAAAAAGGCCUGUAGUCGUUUUGGUGACUGAAAAAGGCCCAAAUCGUCGAAAGUGGCAGCAGCGACAAC